GAGUUUGAACGAGGCGUGUGGCUUCUCGCUUGUUGAACAAGUGAUGUGUGAUGGUGCGUGAAUCGAUCGCGAGCCACCCCUGGUGCUUUUUGCCUUUGGAUGCGUGAGUAAGAUCAGCGAUCAAAAUCCGGCACACUUCUCUGGUGACCCACGCGCUAAACCUUGACACGCUGUUUAAUAUUAGUUGUUGGUGACCUUCCAAAUAGCUUCAGGCUCUUGGAAUAUUUGUAAACUACUUUGUGGCUACACGCACACGUUCUGAUCGCGUUCGUGGAUAUUUACGUAUCUAGCGAGUGAUUCGCUCUCGUCCGCGGUGAAGAGAAAGAGACGCGGAUAUAUAAUAAUGGUAAUUAUAUGAAUACAGAGUGUGGAUGUUUAUUCGAAUUAAAGGGUGUUGCUUCAGCGAAGAGAGAACUCACACACAGCGAAACGCGAUACACACGUUUGAUGGUUUUGUUUCACCGUUGGUGUGGCGUGGAUCUUGAAAGUGGAUUCGACGAGUUAUAAUGGCACCGGCUGCUACGUUAGACUGGUCCGAGCCCUGCCAGCACUGGCGUUAUCCGAAAUUCUGCCCGUCUGGCCAACAGAAGCAUGAGAGAGCGAAGAGCGCGAUGGAAUUGAGCAGCAAAGAGGCGAACACCGCGUACAAAAAGUUCUGCAAGUUCCUCCGUCGGCUGAAGCACAAGAAACAUAGAGAUGGCAACAAAGUCACAACCGUGGUGGCUACGCCUGGUGCUGGUCCAGAUCGUCCACAAGAGAUCUCCUACACAGACACUAAAGUAAUCGGCAACGGCAGCUUCGGCGUUGUGUACCUAGCGAAACUAUGUGACACGGAGGAACUGGUCGCCAUCAAGAAAGUUCUCCAAGACAAACGAUUCAAGAAGGACGAGGUUUAUCUGAACUUAGUGCUGGAAUACAUACCUGAAACUGUGUAUAAAGUCGCUCGGCAUUAUAACAAAAGCAAGCAAACCAUACCAAUCAAUUUUAUUAAGUUGUACAUGUAUCAACUAUUCCGCUCUCUGGCAUAUAUCCACUCGCUGGGGAUCUGCCACAGGGACAUCAAGCCACAGAAUUUACUCUUGGAUCCAGAAUCCGGCGUGUUGAAGCUCUGUGAUUUUGGAUCGGCUAAACACUUGGUCAAAGGAGAACCCAACGUGUCUUACAUCUGUAGUCGUUACUAUCGCGCGCCCGAAUUAAUCUUUGGUGCUAUCGAUUAUACCACGAAAAUCGAUGUAUGGAGCGCAGGAUGCGUAGUAGCAGAAUUGUUGCUUGGUCAACCAAUAUUCCCUGGCGACAGUGGCGUGGAUCAGCUGGUUGAGAUUAUCAAAGUGCUCGGUACACCUACACGAGACCAGAUACGUGAGAUGAACCCCAACUAUACCGAGUUCAAAUUUCCACAAAUUAAGGCGCACCCGUGGCAAAAGGUGUUCAGGGCACGCACACCCCCGGAGGCGAUGGAGCUGGUCGCUGGACUUCUGGAGUACACACCAUCAGGUCGAAUCACGCCGCUGGAAGCGUGCGCUCAUCCGUUCUUCGACGAACUUCGGGAACAGGGCACGCGACUGCCAAACGGCCGAGAGCUUCCCCCCUUGUUCAACUUCACCGAGUACGAGCUGCGGAUUCAGCCGUCAUUGAACUCGAUCCUAAAGCCGAAGUACAUGCAGACUUCGGAGAAUCCUGGAGGCCAGUCGGAGCCGGUCGCGGGGAGUAGCGGUAACUCUAGUGAUAAUAACGUGAACACCAACACGCUGUCCACCUCGAAGAACACAGACCCCGGCCAGUCGAAUAUGGCUUAAGCGCUGCUUUCUAUUUUUAACGUUUAAUUAAACAACAGACGAGAAAACACGAGAGCGAGAGCGAGCGGGUGCGAGAGACAACGGAAGAGAGAGAGAGAGAGAGAG